AUGAAACAACUGAAUGGGGCAGUUUACCAUCCAUCAUCGGUCAGAAAGUCCAAAGCAACUCCUACGACGACUACUACAACGCCUACUACCACCACAACUACACCUACAACAACUACUACGCCAACAACAACGACAACCACGCCUACCACGACGACGACCACGCCUACCACAACGACAACUACGCCUACAACGACAACAACAACGCCUACCACAACGACAACCACGCCUACCACAACGACAACCACGCCUACCACGACAACAACCACUCCUACAACGACAACCACCACGCCUACUACAACGACAACCACGCCUACCACGACGACAACCACGCCUACCACAACGACAACCACGCCUACCACAACGACAACCACGCCUACCACAACAACAACCACGCCUACCACAACAACAACCACGCCUACCACGACAACAACCACUCCUACAACGACAACCACCACUCCUACAACGACAACCACCACGCCUACUACAACGACAACCACGCCUACCACGACGACAACCACGCCUACCACAACGACAACAACGCCUACCACGACAACAACCACGCCUACCACAACGACAACCACGCCUACCACAACGACAACAACGCCUACCACAACUACCACGCCUACCACAACGACAACAACGCCUACCACGACAACUACCACGCCUACCACAACGACAACAACGCCUACCACGACCACAACCACGCCUACCACAACUACAACCACGCCUACCACGACAACAACCACGCCUACCACGACAACUACCACGCCUACCACAACGACAACAACGCCUACCACGACCACAACCACGCCUACCACAACUACAACCACGCCUACCACGACCACAACCACGCCUACCACAACUACAACCACGCCUACAACGACAACCACGCCUACCACAACGACAACCACGCCUACCACGACAACAACCACGCCUACCACGACCACAACAACGCCAACAACAACGACAACAACACCAACAUCAACAUCAACAACUACCUCUCCUUUUCUCCCUGUUUAUACCUCAUGUACCAGUCAUAGUCAGUGUCCACCGAAGUCCAGGUGCCGCCCGAAUGCUUGUCAUGGAUUUACAUGUUUAUGUGACGUGGGGUACAUGGUAUCUCAAGAUUCAUUUUCGUGCAUAAAAGCUUCAAGAGUUGGCGAAUCGUGCGAUCCCAAAGAGACUCGGUGUAUAUCGCCAUUUUCCGGCUGCCUUGAAACUUGUCGUUGCUAUGACGCCUUCAUUCCGACACCCAACGGAAGAUGCCGACUAGCCUCAACCAGUUUUGUUGGAGAACCAUGUGGAACAAUGGGAUGCGAAUAUCCCGCUAAGUGUAUGGCAGGAACCUGUAUAUGCAUGCCUCCCUUCCGGUCUAUGACGGAAGAGGAAUUCUGGGUAAACCCUUUAGUGACUAUGCAAUGUCAAAGAGAGGACUUUUCUUUGUGGAAAUGUAACGGUAGUAUGAUCUAUAUCCCAGAAGAACUGCGCACCACAACCUCAACGACAACUGAACCAACAACAGCGACAUCAACAGCAACAACAACAGCUGAAUUAACAACGGAAACAACACAAACGACAACACAAAUGACAACAACAACAACAACGGCUAUCGUCAUCACAACCACAACUCCGGAAACAACAACAACAACAACAGAAGCAGCAACACCAACUACGCUGAAAACAACACCGCCAACAACAACUACAACAACACGUUCAAACAACAACUACAGAGCGCAUGAAGGUCAAUAUCUUUGACCGCUGCACGAGACACGAGGACUGUCCGGACAACUCAAGAUGUCGUCCUAACUCAUGUGAAGGAUUUGUUUGCCUGUGCAAGGAGGGAUAUCUCAGUUCAGCGGACAAUUCACAGUGUAUGAUAGCUAGCCGAAUAGGAGACCAAUGUGACAUCCAGACCAAAUGCAUGUCACCGUUUGCUGGUUGUCAGUCCACGUGCAAGUGUUACGAACUGUUUGUAGCGUCGGCCGACGGUCGCUGUAAGCUCUGGUCGUCGGCAUUCGUCGAUGAACCGUGUGGAGAAAAAGGGUGCGAAUUUCCCGCCAAAUGUUACGAAGGAACAUGCCGAUGCGUGGCGCCUUACCGGAAGAUGUCAAAAGAAGAAUUCUGGGUAAACCCACUUCAAACUUCACAGUGUCACAAAAUGAACUUCUCUUUAGUUAUGUGUAACGGAAGGUAUAUAGAUGUUCCGGUACCUUUGUCUGACGAAUGGCAGCACCUGCUUGAAGAUAAAAGACUAGCAGAAUUACACACUACCUGGAGUCCCGAAACAACAACAGAAAUGAUGCCUACUACACCGUCCUUUACAAGCAUUCAAACGACUAGGAAUUGGUACGAAACCGGAAAUGACGCUAUAGGAUCAAUUUUGAACACUAAUCCAAACAGUCGAAAAUUGUAUACAUCCUGUACAAGUCACACUCAGUGUCCAACAUCCGCCAGAUGUCGUCCCGAAUGCGUGUCAAGGCUUUGUGUGUUUAUGUGACACAAACUUCACGUCUUCAGAAGAUAACAGUUUCUGCUUUCAUGCUGUCAAAAUCGGCGAUACCUGUAACAAAAACACAGACACAUGUUUGUCUCCCUUUGCAAAUUGUGCCGGUAGGUGUCAGUGCUAUAGCCCAUUCAUACCGACCGAAGACGGACGUUGUAGGCACUCUUUAGCGGCUUUCGUAGGUGAAUCUUGUGGAGGUAGAAUUGGGUGCGAGUAUCCUGCUUCCUGUGAGAAUGACGUGUGCGCGUGUUUAACACCACAGAGGAAACUGACUGAGGAAGAGGCUUGGAUUUACCCGUUAGAGACAAAACAGUGUCAGGAGGCGUCUUUCU